GUAGCAUUUGUGAGGUGUGUGACAGCUGGUUUCCGUCGGUGUCACCUAUUCUGACGGCAGGCCCCUCCGAGAGGACCUCAGCACGCGUCCCGUGCAGGACAUGGAUCCAGUAAAUAUUGAGGAUGUGGCAGUGAACUUCACCUCAGAAGAGUGGGCUGUGUUGGAUUCAAGUCGAAAGAAGCUCUACAGAGAUGUGAUGAAGGAAACAUUUUUGAACCUGAUCUCCAUAGAAAAAGCACUAGAAGAAUAUUUUGAAGAGGACUCUAAAGAUCUCUACAGGAAUAUGGGAAUUCAGAGGAUUGAGAAAGACCAUGGAUAUGAAUGUCAUACUGAGUGUGAUAAAAACCAGCAAACUAUUCCUGAGAUUAUAAUCAAUAAAGACACGCCAUCCAGAGUAAGAGCUCAUGAGACUCCAUUACAUGAGCCAGUAAAAUUUGAGGAUGUGGCAGUGAACUUCACCUCAGAAGAGUGGGCUGUGUUGGAUUCUAGUCAGAAGAAGCUCUACAGAGAUGUGAUGAAGGAAACAUUUUUGAACCUGAUCUCCAUAGAAGAAGCACUAGAAGAAAAUAUUGAAGAGGACUAUAAAAAUCUCAGCAGGAAUAUGGGAAUUCAGAGGAUUGAGAAAGACCAUGGAAAUGAAUGUCAUAAUGAAUGUGAUAAAAACCAGCAAGCUAGUCCAGAGAGUAUGAUCAUUAAAGACAUGCCUUCCAGAGUAAGAGUUCAUAAGACUCCCUUGCUUGUAACAAAUAUCAUUGGUGAUUUAUCCUUACAUGGGUAUCUCAGAGAAAAAGGUAGAGGGAAAUCACCACUGUAUAAGGGAGCUGUGGCAAAAGCUUUUAAACAUCAGAAACAUUGGAAAGAUAUCAAUUGUUCUGAAUCCCUUCAGGUACUUGAAACUUCUCCUGAAGAGAAACCCAGAACUUCUCCUGAAGAGAAACCCAGUAAAAAACAAUGUAAAGAAGCCUGUUGGAGUCUGUGUUUAGAUCAGUCUCAGGAGAGAACUUAUACUGGAAAUAAACUCAAUGAGGAUAUCUUCAUGAGAUACACACAUGGACAGAAUGAUGAACAAAACCAUAAAGAAGUGAAACAAUUUGUAUGUAGUCUCUGGGAAGAAUCCUUCAUUGAUUUCAAUGAGCUUACCAACCAUGAAAAAAGUCAUAUUGAAGAGAAAAGGUACAGUUGUAGGCAAUGUGGCAAAACAUUUAAAUAUGCAGCAUGUUUUGAGAAACAUAAAGUAACUCACAAAGGAGAGAAACCAUACGCUUCUAUACAUUAUGGAAAAGCCUUCACCCAAUUCAGUCAUCAUAACAGUCAUGAAAACAGUUACAUUGGACAAAAGCCUUAUACUUGCAAGCAUUGUGGAAAAAACUUCACCAGUUCAUCUUAUCGAAACAUUCAUGAAAAAAUUCACACUGGAGAGAAACCUUAUGCAUGUAAGCAUUGUGGAAAAGCCUUCAACAACCGCAGUAGUCGUAACAGACAUGAGAGGAGCCACACUGCAGAGAAACCAUUUGCAUGUAAACAUUGUGGAAAAAACUUCACCAGUUCUUCUUAUCUAAACAUUCAUGAAAGAAUUCACACUGGAGAAAAACCUUAUACAUGUAAGCAUUGUGGAAAAGCCUUCAACCACUCCAGUAAUUGUAACACACAUGAGAGGAAACACACUGCAGAGAAACCUUAUGCCUGUAAGCACUGUGGAAAAAACUUCACCACUUCUUUUUAUCGAAACAUUCAUGAAAGAAUUCACACUGGAGAGAAAACUUAUGCAUGUAAGCAUUGUGGAAAAAACUUCACCAGUUCUCUUUAUCGAAAUAGUCAUGAAGGAAUUCACACUGGAGAGAAACCUUAUGCAUGUAAGCAUUGUGGAAAAGCAUUCAUCACUUCACAUACUUGUCGUAUUCAUGAAAGAAUGCACACGGCAGAAAGAAAUUAUACAUGCAAGCAUUGUGGAAAAAACUUCACAAGUUCUUCUUAUCGAAACAUUCAUGAAAGAAUUCACACUGGAGAGAAACCUUAUACAUGUAAGCAUUGUGAAAAAGCCUUCUUGACUUCCAGUGCUUGUCGUUUUCAUGAAAGAAUGCACACGGCAGAGAGAAAUUUUAAAUGCAAGCAUUGCGGAAAAGCCUUUUCCUGUCUCAGGAUUCUGAAAAGGCAUGAAAUAAUUCACAGUGGAAAAAUGCCGUAUACAUGUAAGCAUUGUGGAAAAGCCUUCAACCGCUCCAGUAAUUGUAACACACAUGAGAGGAAACACACUGCAGAGAAACCUUAUGCAUGUAAGCACUGUGGAAAAAACUUCACCACUUCUUUUUAUCGAAACAUUCAUGAAAGAAUUCACACUGGAGAGAAACCUUAUGCAUGUAAGCAUUGUGGAAAAAACUUCACCAGUUCUCUUUAUCGAAAUAAUCAUGAAAGAAUUCACACUGGAGAGAAACCUUAUGCAUGUAAGCAUUGUGGAAAAGCCUUCAACGACCCCAGUACUCGUAAUAAACACGAACGUAGGCACACUGCAGAGAAACCUUAUGCAUGAGCAUUGUGGAAGAGCCUUCAACAAUUCCAGUAGGUGUAACAGACAUUAAAGGACCCACACUACAAAGAAACAGAAGACUUAUACAUGCAAACACUGUGGAAAAACUUUCUGGUGUAGGCAUGUGAACAUCCAUGAAAUAAUUCACUCUUACAAACGCCUUAUUAUGUAAGCAUUGUGGAAAAUCAUUGAACAACCCCAGUAGUUGUAAUAGACGUGGAAGGAAUCACACUACAGAGAAACCUUUUUCAUGGAGGCAUUGUGAAAAAGCCUAUACCUGUUGCAGUUAUUUUAAGACUCAUGAAAAGAGUUCACAUUAAAGGGAAUUCAUAUACAUUUAAGCAGUGUGAAAAAGUGUUUACAUGCUCCAAUCACCUGAACAUUCAUGAAGAGAUUCACAUAGGGGAAAAGUCUUGAGCUUGUAAACAUCUUGGAAAAGCCUUCAGUGACCUCAGUAGUCAUACAUGAAUGAAGUCACACUUUAGAGAAGCCUUAUUCAUGUAAGUAUUGUACAAAACCCUUCACCAAUUUCUAUUCAUGUAAGCAUUUUGUAAAGCCCUUCACUAAUUUCUAUUCAUGAAGGUUCAUGAAAGAGAUCAUACUGAAGAGAAGUGUUAUAGAUGUACACAUUGUGAAAAAGCAUUUACUUGCUCCAGUCAGCUGAACAUUCAGGAAAGGGUUCAAUUUGGAGUGAUGGCUUUUGCAUGUAAACAUUACAGGAAACCUUUUAACACUUCAAUUUGUCCUGAUUUGUACCAAAAACAAUCAUACUGGAGAGGAACUCUUGGUGUGUAAAAGAUGUGGAAACUGUUCAUUCUGUAGACGUUAACAGGCAUAAAAGAGUUCAUUUGAUAGUUCAUUUAUGCACAUAAGAAUUGUGGAAAAGCCUUCAGCUGCUCUUGUGAUCAUAACAGAUCUGAAACUCUUCACACUAGUCAGUAGCCUAAUGCGUGUAACCAUUCUCAGAAAGUCUUUACUAGAUUCACUUGGUUCAAGAGUAAAAACCUUCACACUGGAUAGAAACCUUUUGUAUUUACACAUGCUAUAUAAACUAUUUCUUUCUUCUUGUGAUUUUAACAAGCAUAGAGAUCUCACACAGUGUCUGUAAUGUGGGAAAGUCUAAAACACAUCCAUUUUCUCUAACCCUCAUACACAGAUCUACACUGGAAAGAAUUCUAAAGCAUAUAUCCGUUUAAGUAUUAUUCAAAGUCUUCAGCAGUUCCUGUUGCCCUGACGUUCUAAAGAAGUCACUCUGAAGAUAGACUUUACACGUAUAACCAUGUGGAAAAUUUUUUUAUUAAUCACAGUUUCUACUAUACUCAAUUACUUUUUCACUUUUGAGAAUCUGUAUGUUUAGAAUAAAUGUGGGAAAAUAUUCAAAGCGUUUAAAAUGAAUAAAACUUAAAAGAUUUUUUUUGGUAGUGUUUUCUGUAAUAUCUGUGUUUUACAUCCCUGCUGAAGUGCAUAGUGAUCUCACUGUGAAAAGAAGUAGUGUGUAGAACAAAUACCAGUAAUAACUCUGUAGUGCUGUUUUGGUAAAAUCGCUUCUAUUGUGAGUAAUGGAAGAAGCAUGUGCUAGGAACAUGAGAUGUAUCAACUAAUCAUGAUUCUCCCCAGUAAAUGUGAUUAUCUGCAUUGUCUCCCUGGAUCUUAUAUGGUGGAAAUAAUGUAUCAAUUCCAGAAACUGUCUUCUAAGAAUCAUAUGUACACUUCCUAAUGAACACAGAGAUAGAAAGAGAAAAAGGAUGAGAGAGAGGAGUAUGGAGUUUACUUUCUUUAUGCCAAAAGCUUUGGAGAAAAAAACUGCCCUUACCUCAAUUUCUGGCAAUAUACUGUCCAGACUGGAUCAGUAGGAUACAAACAAAAGCAACUACAAAACUUUGCCGCAAUAUUACAGUCAUUCAAAAUGCCCUGCUUCUCAAAAAUUUCUGUCAUAUAUACUAGCCUAUAGGACAAAGAUGGAUGCCCCAGCAUUACAGGAAAACUUUGAAUGCUUGUCCAGGUCGCCUAAUGUCCCUGUUGUUAGGCAAAUUUCACCCUUUUGGGAUCUGAAUCGAGUUAAAGAUUAAUAAUUAGAAUUAAAUUUUUCUUAUGGUAAAGGUAAAGUAAAUAUAAAAGUUUAGACUCCCAAAGAUAGAUAAUUAAAUACUUUCUCUAAUUUGUCAAGUGCAAAUGGACUGGACAAUGUAAACGUAAUUCUUACAUAAUAACUCUUUGUUAUAUAUAAUCUUAUUUUGCUAACAUUAAAACCUUCCUUUUUGAUGAGACAAAAAAUGGGAGAUGCUGUACACUGUGAUGAUUUUACACUCAGAUUGGUUUAAUAGGAACUUGAUUGGCCAGUAGCCAGAUAGGAAAUGUGGGCAGAACAACCAAACUAAGGAUACUGGGAAGAAAGUUGGAGUCACCAGGAGAUACAGAGGGAGAGAGAUAUGCUGAAGGAGAGAUAAAGCUACGCGCCAUAUGGCAAUAUAUAAAUUAAUAGAAAUGUGUUGGAACCUAAUGGACUCCUGGCCUUCCUACUCACCUCGCCUGUAGAUGACCUUUCUUGCGCUUGUUCUGGGUUUCUGAGAAACUUGCAAGUUUCCUGCUCUGAGAGUUGCUUAACAACUCUGCUUUCUGAGUACACAUUUUCUUGGCCCUAACCCGAGGAUCUGGCAAUAAGGUCUCCAUCCUGUUGGUCUACCUGUCUGGGUUAGGUAUAAACCUCCCUUGGUGAUGUACA